UAUUCGAUUAGUAAAGCACUUCAAUUCGCAAUGAGCAGAAUUGUAAUAUAUUCAGCCUUGAUUGUGGUUGCUCAAGGAGUGUCCUUUGCAGGAUCAACAAUUUCACCAGAAACAUGUGAAUCAACUCGUCAACUUGAAGAACAAUGCAGCACGUAUUCGUAUUCAGUUUUAAAGCCAAUGCUGGAUUAUUUGCGACAUGUUAGGGAAGAACUAGAAAGAAAGGAAUUGAUGAAUAGGGAAAUUCAAGAAUUAAGAGCCAAUCGGGAUUAUAACAACGGGAUCAUUAAAGAAUUAAGAAAUCAAAUUGAAUUUCAAAAGGAAACUAUUCGAAAGUUUACUGAUAUUUCAAAAAUAAGAGAUAAUUGUGAUGAUUUAAUUUUGAAAUUAAGUGAUAGAAGCAAAAUGCUAUCAAAAUGUGAACAUAAUUUUAAAGAAGUUAAUAGAACUUUUGUUGAAAAAAGUGACAGUCUAGUAAAGUUGGAAAAUAACUUCAAUGAGCUUAAUAAAACAUUUAUUGAAAAAAAAUUAUAUGUUAUUAAAAUGUGAAAAUAAUUUCAGCGAGCUUAAAAAAAACAUUAUUGAAAAGAAUGAGAGUCUAGUAAAGUUGAAAAAAAGCUUCAAUGAGCUUAAUGAAAAGUAUAUUGAAAAGAAUAAUGGGAUAUUCAAAUGUGAAAAUAAAUUCAGCGAGCUUAAUCAAACUUUUGUUAAAAAUAAUGAAAGGUUAUCAAAAUGUGAUCGUAAAUUCAACGAUCUUAAUAAAACAUUUAUAAGAUCGAAUGAGAGUCUAGUAAAUUGGGAAAAUAACUUCAAUAAACUUAACGAAUCAUUUGUUGAAAAGAACACUGAGUUAUUAGAACAUAUCAAAGACCUACAAAUGUGCCAAAAAGAUAACGAAAUGUUAAAGAGAAAUGAGAAAAGGAUUUCAGAUAGUUACACUUCGAAUAUUCGUUCAAUAAAUGUGCCUGACUAUGAUUCAUUCGAUGUGUUGUUCGAUAAUAAGACAGCUGAAAAAGACUGGAUAGUAAUCCAGCAAAGAAUAGACGGUAAAGAAGAUUUUUAUCGCGAUUGGAAUACGUACGUAGCAGGCUUUGGAUCUUUUGAGGGAGAUUUCUUUCUAGGCCUAGAGAAGAUUCAUCGACUAACGUACUCGACACGCUAUCAACUUCGUAUUCGCGUGGAAUACUUCAAUGGAAUAAUACGACACGGUGGCUACGAUAAUUUCAAAGUUGACGGCAAUGAAACGGACUACACAUUGAGCAGUUUGGGUAAAUUUUCUGGCGAUAACGACGGUCAUCCCUGGGGUGGCGACAAUUUACGACAUCAGGAAGGCAUGAAAUUCUCAACAUUUGACCGCGAUAAUGAUCGGUGGGAGAACGAGUGUGCAAAAUCUCAUAAAGCAGGAUGGUGGCACAAUCGUUGCACAGUGAGCAAUUUAAAUGGAUUAUACUCAGUGAUGGACGGCAACACAUACACACAAAUGUAUUGGUCAAACUUUACGCCUCUCAAGAGUGUUCAAAUGAUGAUACGAAAAUAUCAACCAUUGUAAACAAAAGUUUUUAAUGAAACGAUAACUUAUUUUCUAAUUUAAUGCCCAUAUAAAUUUCACUUUUAUUUGCUCAUAGAGCUCCUAUCAGAACUUGACACUGUGCGUAUACGUGAUGUGCUUAUUACGAACAUUAAACAAAUGAGCAUGAUGAUGACGAGGCAACAAUAUUUUAAAGCUUUGCAGCCUUUAAUGGAUUUUAACCUUUCGAACUUAUUUAUCUCUUUAGCAAAAAAAAACAAAAAUAAAAUGAAUCACAUAAUUUGUUAGUUUCUAAGUGCAGAUAAUCACUAUGGGAAAAAUUGGCAGCCUAAAAUAG